GACUUAGCAGAUAAAAAGGGAGAAAUUGAAAAGCCUUAACUAGGAAAAAAAUGGUAAUGUUAUGCUGAAUUGACUUACUCACCAGAACCUAACACAUACACAGACUGGUAGACCCUCUGUUAUGCUACAAUCUGUUAUCAACUUCAGUUACCUUGUAUUUUGUAACCUCAAGUAUUAAAGGCGUUAACCUUAAUCACAUGUGCUCUAUUUAUCAAUUUAAUAGAUGAAUUAAAAAUAUAGACCAUCCAGCAACUAUAAUUGUAUGUUUUGGUAAGUGAUAAUUUCAAUUUAGUUUGGAUGAUUAGCAUCACUUGAACCUCUACCUGGUUAAUACACUCAAUAAAACACUUAUCAUCGAACAUUUAAUGGAGUUUGCUGAGCUAAUCAAAACAACCAAACUUGAAAAUGUUAUCCUGCAUAGACCCUUCUGUGAGCCUAUUGAGUGUGCUUUAUGUAUAACAAGUCAUCAACUGUUGGUUUCAUCUAGAAAAAACGAUGGUGAUGAGCUUUGGCUUCUUCAUUCUAUCGUUGAUGCUGUUGAAAGGAAAGCUACUCCGACCGGUGGAAGUAUUACUCUAAAGUGCAAAGACUUUCAGAUCAUUCAGCUAGACAUUAGAGGCCAAGACGAGUUUAACAAUGUUGCUAACUCAAUUGAUUGUUUAUCCAACUUGGAUGAUCCUCGAUUGCUUUAUCCCUUCUACUAUCCAUGUAACUUUGAAAUCGUUGAGGAUGGCUGGUUUGCAUUCCAGAUUGAGAAAGAAUUUUCAAAGAUAAUGAUGUAUUCUGACGCUUGGAGAAUCAGUUAUGUUAACAAAAAUUUUACGAUAUGUCCAUCAUACCCUGAAGCAGUAAUUGUUCCCAAAUCAAUAAACGAUGAAACAAUAAUUGGAAUAGCUGCUUUUAGAUGUCUUGGUAGAUUCCCUGUUCUCAGUUAUCUUCAUAAAAGCAAUAAGGCAGCCAUUAUGAGAAGUGGCCAACCCAUGGUGGGAACAAGUUCAAAAAGAUGCAAAGAAGAUGAGAAAUUGAUAAACACAGUUUUGGGAUCACAAAAAAGAGGAUACAUCAUUGAAACUCGGACACAGAAUCUAGCUCAACUUGCGAGAAGCAAAGGGGGAGGUUUUGAGCCUGAAGUACAUUAUCCAUUGUGGAGGAGAGUUCAUAAACCUAUUGAUCGUCACUCGUCUCUUUUGGACUCUUUAAGCAAAUUAAUAGAAUUGUGCAAUGAAACUUCGAGUUCAAUGGAUAAGUUUCUUUCUCGUCUGGAAUCUUGUGGAUGGUUGAGUCAUAUUAAAGAUGUUCUAAUGUGUGCUUGUCUGGUGGCUCAGUGCAUUGACCAGGAAGCGUCUGUUCUGGUACAUGGCUCUGAAGGGAUGGAUUCAACUUUGCAAGUAUGCUCAUUAGCUCAAGUCAUUUUGGACCAAGAUUGUCGGACAGUUCAUGGAUUCGAAGCUCUUAUCGAGCGUGAAUGGCUUCAAAGUGGACAUCCAUUCGCUACUAGAUGUAAACAUGGAGCUUACACAAUUCCAUCGUCACGAACUCGUGAGCAGAGUCCCAUAUUUCUGGUUUUUCUAGAUUGUGUUUACCAAAUUUAUCAUCAAUUUCCUUGCUCAUUUGAAUUCAAUGAAAAAUUUUUGAUAAUGUUAUUUGAACAUGCUUAUGCAUCGCCAUUUGGGACGUUUUUGGAGAAUUGUGUCAAACAGAGAAAAUCUUUGGAAAUAUCAAAGAAAACUGUUUCACUUUGGUCCUACAUCAACCGUCCUGACAAGAUUUGUGAAUAUCUUAAUCCUGCUUAUGAACCAAACUCGGCGGUUAUAUGGCCUUCUGUUGCUCCACAAAGCAUUGUCUUAUGGGAAGCUAUGUAUCUAAGAUGGUCCAUUCCUCAAGGUUUUCGUCAUGAAAUUUAUAAUGCGAUUUCUGAUCUCAAAGAUUACGAAAAAGAAAUGAAAAGCAAAGCUGCUAAACUCAGAACACAACUUUUGCAACUUGCGAUUGCCAAUCGAUGAUUAUUGAUGAUCUUAACUCACAUUUCGAAAUCAACGUUUAAAUUGACAUUUAUUGUAAACAUCACUCUAUUUAAGUUAUUGAUAUCAAAUGUUUUUCUAUUGUUAUUGCUUCUUAAUACUUAUUUUUCAAAUCAAGUUCGUUCAUGACGAGCAAAUAAAUUCGAAUUUUUGAGUAAUACUUUAUCUACUCACUUAAUCAUAAGUUUAAACAAAAUCAUUCAAACGAUUAAAGAUACUGUGUUCCUUAAUGGCUAUUA